AUGCCUGAGACUACAAGCCAUUCAGAACCCAGUACAUCUAACGCGGGAAAGCCUGAGGUGCCGCUGAAUGCACCAUUCCCUAAGCGUCUGAUGAAGAAUAAUGAUGAACAACAAUUCAAGCGCUUUCUUGAGCUUCUAAGGCAAUUGCAUAUCAACACUCCACUUAUAGAGGCCUUGGGGCAAAUACCAACAUAUGUCAAAUUUUUGAAGGACAUCUUGACGGAGAAAAGAAGAGUCAGUGAGAAGGAAGUAAUCGCGCUAAUGCGGGAUUGCAACGCGUUAAUAAGCAACAGUCUACCAAAGAAGCAGAAGGACCCUGGGAACUUCACAGUUCCUUGCUCGAUAGAAGGAUUUGAUGUAGGUCAUGUGUUGUGCGAUUUUGGAGCUAGCAUUAAUCUCAUGCCACUCUCAAUUUUUAAGAAACUAGGAAUUGGCGAAGCACAACCUACUUCUGUUACUCUUCAGCUUGCUGACAGAAAAAAGUAUUACCCAGAAGGAAAGAUUGAAGAAGUUCUGGUAAAGGUUGACAACUUCAUAUUCCCAGCAGACUUUAUUAUCUUGGACUAUAAAGCGGAUAGGGAGGUACCAAUUAUCCUUGGACGCCCCUUCCUAUCUAUUGGGAAAGUUUUAAUCGACGUGUAUAAAGGAGAAUUAACUAUGCGCAUAGAUAAUCAAGAGGUGAAGUUCAAUGUGCUCAACGCAUUUAAGUUCCCAGAUAAUGAAGAUUGUCAACUAAACAGUAUUGAGUUGGCUGAAGAAGAGACCCAUGUAUGUGAGGUCCUCGCGUUGGAGAACCUGAAAGAAUCAGAGCUGCCAAGUCUAAUUGAGCGGCAGACAAAACCAACGCAUCUAUCACUUGAGGAACCACCAAAACUCGAGUUAAAACAGUUACUUAGUCACCUGAAAUAUGCAUUCCUUGGAACCAACAACACUUUACCUGUGAUCAUUUCCGCAAAUCUUACAGAGCCUAACGAGCAAUCUCUCUUACAGAUGCUGAAAAAGCACAAGCGUGCAAUAGGCUAG